AUGGUUGGUAUACUACUUGUCUGUCUAAUUGAGUCAUCCGGUCUAGUAGCAUUAUGACUAGAAUAGAUUUGAUGCAUCAGAAUUCAGGAGCAAGAAUUUCCAGGGCAUAUCAGGGGAGUAAAGUGCACAAAUAUAGUCCCAUCAGUUCUCUUUCCCCCACAUAUUGCUUUCACGCUAAUUGAAACACAAGAGAAGUUAUUAUCAGGCCAGAAGUUAGAACCCACGUCUUGUUAUCAACAAUGAUGUAGGUCUGUAGGUGAAGGGAGAAUUCCCAUCCUGUUGUACAGUUUUUUCAUCAGAUGUAACUAUCUGACUUGUGGCGAUUCAUUGUGUAGGCAUCUGAUUGAUGUACAGUUUAUCAUAUUCAACCUGUUGAGUUUCAGUUUUUUUACUUGUCUGUUGUUCUAAUAUCUUCUUUUUCUUCUUCCUUUGUGCGUUAAGUAAUGUUUCCAACAAAUCAUUUGCAGGAGUGCUAAAACAGCUCGCUGUUUUGGGAUUUGCCGCCUCAAGUUUCAUCUAGCUACCUCGAACAAAUCCUUCAAUCUCCAUGGCUACAUCGAUAUCAACUCAAUAUACUAACGAGGAGGAAAUUAAAAGGAAGAGAAAGAAGCGAAAGAGAGUUGUUGUAUUAGCUGUGUCUAUUAUGGCUAUUAUUGCAAAUCGGUAUCAACGGAGGAGACCUAGACACAUCGUAGAUGCUAACGAAGUUCAAGAGAGAAAUGUCGAGUCCAGAAAACAAAUGCUACGUAAUAUGUACCAGGGUUCAAAUGUCUAUUGCUAUGACAGUUUGCGCCUAACUAAGAGAUCUUUUAGUGACUUGAGUGCCAUCUUACGGGAAAAGAGUGGCCUACAGGAUACCUUAAAUGUGUCAGUAGAAGAAAAGCUUGCAAUUUUUCUGCUUAUAGUAGGUCAUAACACCAAAAUGAGGUUGAUCCGUAGCACUUAUGGGUGGUCUCUUGAACCAAUCAGUCGACACUUCAACGAAGUGCUUAGAGGGAUUCUAUUUUUAAGUCAUGAGUUCAUCAAGCUUCCUAAUCCAGAAACCACUCUACCUGAGGAUCCAAAGUGGAAAUGGUUUGAGGAUUGUCUAGGUGCACUAGAUGGCACACAUAUCGAUGUGAAUGUUCCAUUGACUGACCAAGGUAGGUAUAGAAAUAGGAAGCAACGAAUCACCACUAAUGUAUUAGGGGUUUGUGAUCGACAAAUGAAGUUUUUGUAUGUCUUGGCUGGAUGGGAAGGGUCGGCUUCGGAUUCACGCAUACUACGUGAUGCCAUGUCACGGGAGGACUCAUUUGUUGUUCCUAGUGGUAAAUACUAUCUAGUGGAUGCUGGAUAUACAAAUGGUCCGGAAUUUCUUGCCCCGUACCGAUCUACACGGUACCACUUGAAUGAAUGGGCUAUUCAAGGCAACAAUCCAUCUACUGCGAGAGAGUUAUUCAACCUACGCCAUGCAACGGCUAGGAAUGUGAUAGAGAGAACUUUUGGGCUAUUGAAGAUGAGAUGGGCAAUCUUGAGGACCAGCUCAUAUUUUGAUUUAGAAAACCAGAUUAGGAUCAUCCAUGCUUGCUGCAUAUUGCAUAAUUUUUUAAGAGAUAGACAAAGAGAUAUGGACGAUAUUCUAAUACAUGAAGUUGAUAGUCUCAUCUCUGCUGCUCCUGCUGAAAAUCAAGGAGAAAUGAGUCUGAUUACGCAUGUUCAAUCAACUAAUGAGUGGGGUAAUUUUAGAGACACCAAAGCUAGUGAAAUGUUUGUUGAUUAUCAAGCGAGGCGUGGUCAAAGCUCAUAGUUGUAUGCUUCUGUUUUCUAUGUCUUUGUCAUUUAUGAAUUUUUGUGUUUGUGUUUUUUAUAUGUGUGGUUCUUUGAUUGUAGGACAAGAAAACAAGGGGCUAUGUUCCUUGGAAUGAUGAGAUGGAUAAGGUACUCCUUGAUACGUUUGUGGACUAUUACAAUAAAGGUGAUAGAUGUCAGAAUGGGUGGAAGUCUCAUGUAUACACAGCUGCUGUGAAGAAUGUUUGUGAGAAGUGCAAUGUCACCAUUACAAAGGAAAAUAUUAGCUCUCGCAGCAAGACCUUUGAUAAGCACUACAAUAUCAUUAAUGGUUUGUUGUCCACUAGUGGUUUUGGAUGGGAUUGGGAGAAGAACAAGCUCAAAGUUGAUAGUGACACUGUAUGGGAUGAGUAUGUUGAGAGGAAUAAGGAAGCAAAAGGAUAUAGACAUAAGGUUGUGAAGUUUUGGGAUCUACUGAGCCUAGUGUACAAUAAAGACCAAGCAAAUGGAGAGGGUGCUAAAACAGCAGCUGAAAGUUCAAAGGAAAUGGCAAAAGAGAAUGAUACCGGAGGCAAGGAUGCUCCAUAUUCUGUAUCUUCCUCGAGUAGUUUAAAAAGACAAAGAUCAGAUGAUUCAUUUAACUCUAUAUGGUGUGAUAAGUUUGACAUGCUUACAUCUGCAUUGAAAGAUGAUGGUCCAAAGCUACCCUCUUCCGCCGAAGUUCUCGCCGCAUUACAAGAGGUUGAAGGACUUGAUGAAGACACAGAACUUGAGCUUUAUGACAUCCUCACCUCUAAUGCACGCAAGUUUGAGUCAAUGAUGGCACUCCCAAUGGAAAGGAGGAAGAGGUGGCUUAUGAUGCAGCUAAGGAAGUGAAACAACUUGUAUGUGAACUUAGAUCUCUGUGUUGAACUGAUUGUGUGAACCUGUCUUUGUGAAACUUUUGUGUGCAAACUUGUUGGCUAUGUGAAACUGUUGUGUGCGAACUUGAUGGCUUUAUGAAACUGCUAUGUGAAGAUUUGAUGUAUUUGUAGAACUUUUAUGUGCGAAUUUGAUGACUUUGUGAAAUUGUUAUGUGUGACUUGCCUUUGUGGAACUGUUAUUUGUGAACUUAAUAGUUUCUGGUAGUUGUAAAUUGUUCAUGCUCAUUUUUAAGCAGAUGCAAAGUCAAGAGAUCCUUGUUUGUAUUCAAAUUCAAAUUCUGUGUGCAAAGUAUCCAAACAACAUCUAGAAUUUAAUUCUAGGAAUUCAAUUGCUUGUACAACCAAACAAAAAUAAUGGAAUUGAAUCACUUUCUAGUCGAUUGAAUUCUAUA